CUCUCUGCAUGACUGAAAACAAUACAAAAAACGAAGAAAAAAACAGUAGUAAAUUUUCUUUGAAUUUCUGACGCUUCUUCUGGUCUUCGGCGCUCCAAUCUACGAAACCCAUUUCGUUUUCAAGCUUUUCACAUGGCUGCAUCAAUCGUGGCAAACCUAUCUCCCCCGCUGGUAGCAAAUGGAAGACAGCAUCCCCUUUUCAGAACUCUUCAGAAAUUCACACUCUUUGCCACCGGAGAGAGACAGGGACGUGUUUCCCUCGUUGCGAAGGCUACGGGAGAAAGCUCUGAAUCUUCUUCCCUGAGCAUUGUUAAAUCUGUCCAAAAUGUUUUGGAUAAAUCUGAAGAUCGGUUUGCUCUUAUUGGGCUGGGAUUUGCUGGAAUUGUAGCUAUUUGGGCAUCUAUAAAUCUAAUUACAGCCAUUGACAAGCUUCCUCUUCUCCCCGGUGUAUUUGAAUUCAUUGGAAUAUUGUUUUCUACGUGGUUCGUAUAUCGGUAUCUCUUGUUCAAACCUGACAGGGAAGAGCUGUUCCGGACCGUCAACAAGUCAAUAUCAGAUAUCUUGGGCCAGUAAUUUGCAGGCGCGGAUAAUAUGCAAAAUGAUGAAAAGUUACGGUGUGGAACAUGAUCAGCAUACGAAUGUUCAGCCGUUGCGACCCUCUGACCUUCUCGUCUCUCUCCUUUUCUUCUUCUUGUUCUUCCCCUCCGUAACAUCAAACAGUUAACACUAUAUGCGUCUUCGUUACCGUAUUUAUGGAAGUUAAGUAUCCUGUGAAUCAUAUUUCUUCUUCA